GCCACCGCGAUCACAACCGGACGCGGCAAGUUUCUGUUUCCCUUGCCAGCGUCUGCUUCAGCAACAUCUCUUUGAUGACUGUCGUUUUAUUCAGUGCCUUUAGUCGAUUAUCUCUCUUCUCGGGGACGAUCAGACGGUGUACAUCUGUUCUUCCGAAGACCAGACAAUUUUCCUUCACUAGAACACCUUUGACAGUUUUUAGAAGACAGAUAUCAGUAACCACCAUCAUGCCAACACCUCAGGGAAUCAACGGGUUGUACGAUUUUCGGCGUGUCACCCCAGACGACAUCGAAAAACAGACUGAUGCGCUCAUCUCACAACAACGCGCAUCGUAUGACGCUGUUGGCUCACUGCCAUUGGACACUGUUAGCUAUGACAAUGUCAUUAAGAAAUUAGCAGACCUGAUGAACGAGCGCUCAACCUUUGGGUCACCACUCGACUUCCCCCAACAUGCUGCGACUGAUAAGGCUGUCCGUGAAGCUUCAAGCAAAGCUGAGCAGAAGCUUGAGGAGUUUGAUGUCGAAAUGAGCAUGAGAAAGGACAUAUUUGACCGAGUGGUAGCAUUUAAGGAAAAUGUUGGAGUUGAGGGCAUGAGCAGUGAGCAGAAGAGGCUUGUGGACAAACUCAUUCUGCAUGGAAGACGCAAUGGUCUCCAUUUGUCGAGCGAGAUUCAGGACCAGGUGAAGAGCAUCAAGAAGCGCAUGUCAGAGCUGAGCAUCAAGUUCCAGCGCAACUUGAACGAGGACAAUACCAAGCUCUUCUUCACCCGAGAGGAGCUGGCAGGGAUGCCCGACGAUUUCAUUAACGAACUUGCCCAGGUAAAUCAGAGGACUGGGUUGAUUUACAGGUGUGAUAGUGUGAAGGUGAAGGUUCAAUUACUCGGAAGCAUAAUGAGAAAUUUAUGCAUGGAAGAGAACACGCCCAUUCUGGAGGAACUGAUAACCCUCCGUCAGAAGGAGGCUGACCUUCUGGGCUACAAGAACCACGCUGCGUAUGUCCUGGAGGAACGCAUGGCCAAGACCCCAGAGAACGUUGCCGAGUUCCUCUCUGGCCUGUCUGAGAAGCUUCAACCCCUGUGGAAGCAGGAACGACAGGACAUGCUGAAGUUGAAGAAGGACGAGUGUGAGAAAUACAGUUAUGAAUACUCCGGCAAGCUAGACUUCUGGGAUUUCCGUUACUACAUGAAUCAAGUGGAGGAAAAAAUGUUUGCUGUGGAUCAAGAUGAGGUGCGUCAGUAUUUUCCCCUGGACAAGGUUACCUCGGGCUUAUUGGAUAUAUACCAAAUUUUGUUAGGCCUUAAAUUCACCCAAGAAGUUGAUGCAGACACAUGGCAUGAAGAUGUGAAACUGUAUCGUGUGAAUGACGCGGAGACAGGGGAGAAGAUGGGGUACUUUUUCCUUGAUUUGUAUCCUCGAGAUGGCAAGUUUGGUCAUGCUGCUAUUUUCCCCCUUCAGCCAUCCUGUGAAGGGCCCACAGGAGACCGUCAGGUUGCAGUCUGUGCAAUGAUGUGCAAUUUUACUAAGCCUACCAAAGACAAGCCUGCUCUCUUGGACCAUUCAGAGGUUGAGACAUACUUCCAUGAGUUUGGUCACGUGAUGCACCACAUCUGUUCUCGUGCAACAUUUGCCAUGUUUGCUGGAACUCGUGUGGAACGAGACUUCCUGGAAGCACCAUCGCAGAUGUUAGAGAACUGGGUUUGGGAGAAGGAACCUCUUGCCCUUAUGUCUGGUCAUUACAAGACUGGUGAGAACUUGCCUGAUGAAAUAGUAGAAAGGCUGCAGAAAUCACGAAAGGCAAACGCUGGUGGAUUUAACUUGCGUCAGAUCAUUUUGGGAACCUUUGAUCAAGCAAUCCAUACAAGAGGGCAGGCAGACACCAAGUCCUUGUUUGCUCAAACAUAUCGUGAUAUUAUGGACAUCGAACCCAUUCCAAACACCAACAUGCCAGCCAACUUUGGUCAUCUUGCUGGUGGUUAUGAUGCACAGUAUUAUGGUUAUCUGUGGAGUGAGGUAUUCUCCAUGGACAUGUAUGAGAGUCGGUUCAAGAAGGAAGGCAUCUUGACCCCUGCAGUUGGAACCGAUUAUCGUACAAAGAUUCUUCAGCCGGGUGGAUCAAAGGAUGCUGCGGAUUUACUUAGAGAUUUCUUAGGUCGUGAUCCAACACAUGAUGCUUUCCUGCGCAACAAAGGCCUGCAAGUCUGAAUUUGAGAGCAGCUGAAUAAUGCAGUUUUGAUGCCAUUGUAAGUUUAGAAGUGUAUAGUCCUUUUUUUGAGUUGGGUAAUACAGAUUUAUUUUUUACAGAAUGUCAUGUGUAAAGUUAUUUAGAAAAAGAAAUUGAAAUUGUAUUUAAGUAGCACCAGAAUUUGUUCUUUAGUACAUGGGAUGAGGAGUAACAUUGUUACUCAGGAUUAAUUAGCAGUGUAAAGAACUGCAGUUACAUAUUAUAUUAAUAUGAAAUUCAGAGGAAACUCAACGAAAACAAAUUAUCACUGUUAUGUCAACUGUUUUAUUCAGUAGUCUACAUUCACAGGCGUUGAAAUGAAGUAUUUCUGUAUUAUCAUUUGGUUCAUUUAAGAUAAACAAAAAUACCAAAUGAUUGCCAGUAUGUAUAUAUAUAUAUAUAUAUAUAUAUAUAUAUAUAUAUAUAUAUAUAUAUAUAUAUAUAUAUAUAUAUAUAUAAUGUAUGUAUAUAUACACACACACACACACUUGAUUAUAAUAUUUAUAUACAGUAAGACCUUUAUUCUUAAGACCAUUACACAGAUACAUGGGAGCACAGAUUAUAGUUGAUACCAAAAUAUUUAUUACAAAAGAAAAGGUCAGUCUUGUAGAUAAUCCCUUCCUUUUCAAUACAAUUUUUUUGUUUUUUAUUUUUGGAGACGCUGGUACCAUAUGCAGAGACUAGUGACUGUGACGAGUGCAAAUGAGUAGCCAGAGGUGUGGCACUGGAGACAGACAUGGGAGCAUGGAAUGUCACAUUCAAGUUUACUGUGAUUUUCAUUUUUGAAGGUAAUCCCUAUACUAGCUGUUGUAUUUCAGACUUUCUGGAAGGAGAUGGAUGAUUAUUUUAGUCCCAAUAUGUGGAAUAACGUCUUUAUUCAUCAGAAGUAUUUAAGAUCAUUUGUGGAUUUAUUAACCACUAAAAACUCCCAAAGAGAAUGAGGUCUUGUUGUAUAUAUCUGUGUGUGUAU